AAUUAUAAAGAGAUGGGGUAAAGAAAGUGACUAUUUUCACCAAGAACCCAAGACAAAGACACUUAUUUCUUUGGUCUUCUCACUCUUGUAAUAAUAUCUAUCAAUCGAUCUUUAGGAGAUUCAGACCGCUCUCUCCGUGUUAGAUACUUGUCUGUUUAGAGAGACGGAGAGAGAAAAGAGAGUGUUUUUUUUUUGUUUGUGUUAAUUUGUGUGUGCCCGUCGUUGCAAUAUAGGUAAGAAAGAAAUGCAACAGCACCUGAUGCAGAUGCAGCCCAUGAUGGCAGCCUAUUACCCCAGCAACGUCACUACUGAUCAUAUUCAACAGUAUCUGGAUGAAAACAAGUCAUUGAUUUUGAAGAUUGUUGAGAGCCAGAAUUUAGGGAAGCUCAGUGAGUGUGCAGAGAACCAAGCAAGACUACAGCGGAACCUGAUGUACUUGGCUGCAAUUGCUGAUUCUCAGCCCCCGCCACCUACCAUGCAUGCCCAGUUCCCUUCCAGCAGCAUUAUGCAGCCAGGAGCACAUUACAUGCAGCACCAACAAGCUCAACAGAUGACACCACAAGCCCUUAUGGCUGCUCGCUCUUCCAUGCUGCAGUAUGCUCAACAGCCAUUCUCAGCUCUGCAACAACAGCAAGUGCAAGCCUUACACAGCCAGCUUGGCAUGAGUUCUGGUGGAAGCGCAGGACUUCAUAUGCUGCAAAAUGAGGCAAUCAUGGCAGGAGGCAGUGGAGCACUUGGUGCUGGAGGAUUUCCUGAUUUUGGAAUCGAUGCUGCUGGUAGAGGAAUUGCAAGUGGGAGCAAGCAAGAUAUUCGGAGUGCUGGAUCUAGUGAAGGGCGAGGGGGGAGCUCUGGAGGCCAUGGUGGUGACGGAGGUGAAACCCUUUACUUGAAAUCUGCAGAUGAUGGGAAUUGAGAUGUGAGAAAUGGUGAACCUACUGGUUUGUCAACAACUGAACUUAGGAAUGUUUAGCCAGGAAGUUGAUCUAGAGAUAGGAACCAGGGAGGACUUGCUGCCUAUUAAACUUGUCAUGCAAAAACUCGUUGAAGACUUGCCCCAAACCAUGGGCUGGCUUGUUUUGAAGUAUUGAGACAACGAAUCUUGUGCUAGUGUAUCAUUGUAAAUUUCUAGGUUAUGUUUUGGUGUGCUUAAAUCCUGCUCCCUUUCUUCA